AUGUAUUUCUAUCUAUCUAUCUAUCUAUCUAUCUAUCUAUCUAUCUAUGUGAAGGACAACUCUGAAUUCAAAACCUGCAGAGGGUCUUUCCUUUCUUCUCUUUUCUUCCAUUCCCCUCUCCUCUCCUUUCUUCUCUUUUCCCCCCUCUUUCCUUCCAUCCCCUCUCCCUUCUUCUCUUUUCCCCUCUCCUCUCUUCUCUUUUCUUCCAUCCCCCUCUCCUCUCUUUUCUUCUCUUUCCCCUCUCCUCUUUCCUUCCAUCCACUCUCCUCUCCCUUCUUCUCUUUUCCCCCCUCCUCUCUUCUCUUUUCUUCCAUCCCCUCUCCUUUCCCUUUUCUCUUUUCCCCCCUCCUCUCUUCUCUUUUCUUCCAUCCCCUCUCCUCCCUUCUUCUCUUUUCCCCUCCCCUCUCUUCUCUUUUCUUCCAUCCCUCUCUCCUCUCCUUUCUUCUCUUUCCCCUCUCCUCUUUCCUUCCAUCCACUAUCCUCUCCCUUCUUCUCUUUUCCCCUCUCCUCUCUUCUCUUUUCUUCCAUCCCCCUCUCUCUCCUUUCUUCUCUUUCCCCUCUCCUCUUUCCUUCCAUCCACUCCUCUCCCUUCUUCUCUUUCCCCUCUCCUCUCUUCUCUUUUCUUCCAUCCCCUCUCCUCUCCUUUCUUCUCUUUUCCCCUCUCUCCUCUUUCCUUCCAUCCUCUCCCUCUCCCUUCUUCUCUUUUCCCCUCUCCUCUCUUCUCUUUUCUUCCAUCCCCCCUCUCCUCUCCUUUCUUCUCUUUCCCCUCUCCCUCUUUCCUUCCAUCCACUCUCCUUUCUUCUCUUUUCCCCUCUCCUCUUUCCUUCCAUCCACUAUCCUCUCCCUUCUUCUCUUUUCCCCCUCCCCUCUAUUCUCUUUUCUUCCAUCCCCUCUCCUCUCCUUUCUUCUCUUUCCCCUCUCCUCUUUCCUUCCAUCCACUCUCCUCCCCUUCUUCUCUUUUCCCCCUCCUCUCUUCUCUUUUCUUCAUCCCCUCUCCUUUCCCUUUUCUCUUUUCCCCCUCCUCUCUUCUCUUUUCUUCCAUCCCCUCUCCUCUCCCUUCUUCUCUUUUCCCCUCCCUCUCUUCUUUUUUCUUCCAUCCCUCUCUCCUCUCCUUUCUUCUCUUUCCCCUCUCCUCUUUCCUUCCAUCCACUAUCCUCUCCCUUCUUCUCUUUUCCCCUCCCCUCUCUUCUCUUUUCUUCCAUCCCCCUCUACUCUCCUUUCUUCUCUUUCCCCUCUCCUCUUUCCUUCCAUCCACUCUCCUCUCCUUCUUCUCUUUUCCCCUCUCCUCUCUUCUCUUUCCUUCCUUCCACUCUCCUCUCCCUUCUUCUCUUUCCCCUCCCCCUCUUCUCUUUUCUUCCAUCCCCCUCUCCUCUCCUUUCUUCUCUUUCCCCUCUCCUCUUUCCUUCCAUCCACUCUCCUCUCCCUUCUUCUCUUUUCCCCUCUCCUCUCUUCUCUUUCCUUCCUUCCACUCUCCUCUCCCUUCUUCUCUUUUCCCCUCUCCCCUCUUCUCUUUUCUUCCAUCCCCCUCUCCUCUCCUUUCUUCUCUUUCCCCUCUUCUCUUUCCUUCCAUCCCCCUCUCCUCUCCUUUCUUCUCUUUCCCCUCUCCUCUUUCCUUCCAUCCACUCUCCUCUCCCUUCUUCUCUUUUCCCCUCUCCUCUCUUCUCUUUCCUUCCUUCCACUCUCCUCUCCCUUCUUCUCUUUUCCCCUCUCCCUUCUUCUCUUUUUCCCUCUCCCUUCUUCUCUUUUCCCCUCUCCUCUCUUCUCUUUUCUUCCAUCCCCCUCUCCUCUCCUUUCUUCUCUCUCCUUUUUUCUAAUUUCUUUCCUUCUUUCUUCUCUUUUUAUUUCAACCAUCACCAUCUGAAGAAAUCUUUUCCUUUUCGCAGUAUCGUAAUUCCUUAUUUCGUUUUUCUUUAUUCGUUCUCUCUAAAAUUUUUCCUUGUUUUUUUUUUCUUUUUCUUCGUUUCCUUUUUCCUAUCCUAUCUUUUGCCUUCAUUUCUUUCUUUUUUUUUCAUUCAUCUCACUUUCUGUUGUCCUUCCUUCCUUCAUUUUAUGCUUUUCUUUCUCUUUUCCAUCCUUUCUUUCAUUUUUCUUCAUUAUUCUUCAUUCCUCCAUUCAUAA